AUGUCUUCCUUUGUCGCGUUGAACGUUGAACCUGACGAGGAUCUCGAAGAGCUUGAUGAUACCAAAGAAAUUCAGAUAGAAGAAGCUCUUAAACUAUACCAGAAUGCCCUGAAACUCCAUUCCCAGGGCCCGGAAUUUUACGAUCAAGCGCAAGACGCCUACAACGCACUCUUUGAAUCCGAGAUCUUCAAGUACCCCGAAGCUGUCUCCGAAUACAAAAGAGAUCAGCUUCUAGAUUUGGACGAUGAAGACCCUUAUUCUUGGGAUGAAGUUGUUGAAGGUGACACGGCCCCAGAUGCCCUCAAUACAACUUCCAGUGCGCUUCCUCAAACUGUGUUCUUGUCCUAUAAAAAUCACGCGCAAUUCCUUUUAGACUUUUUUAAAAGGACCUUAGACCAAGGCCACACCCGGGGCGGCGGAUACGCUACGAACCAAAUUAAAGAAGCAUUGGGAGACUUCGCCGAGGCGCUUGAACGAGAUGAUACUGACCUGGAGCUGUGGAGGAAAACUAGCCGAGUAGGUAGUGCCUUAAGGAGCCAUCGAAUUGCAAGGUUUUGCUUGGAAAGCGUGCUUGAAGGUAAUACCUACGGAUUAGAUGGCCAGCUCGGUCAGUUAGGACUAGAACAUGUUUUCGCCCUCAAGGCUUUGCGCCAAAUUCUCAGCACCCUUCAUGACAAGCUUUCCUUUAUACGGCUUCCUGUUCAGCAGCCUAGAAAGGGCUUGUCUAUCCUCCUUGCGAAACAGGCUGAUUCAUUCCCAUUUCUUCCCGACUAUUCAAAGGAAAUCACCCCCUGCUCUACUUUUGGCCUUAAGGAUGGACAGUUUCAAUACCGCUUCGUUGAGCCGUUAUCUGAAACUUGGUCAGAUGUUGGCGACGCGCUUCUACGUGUGCUACGCGAAGAUUCCGAAGCCGACAGCCCGUCGUGGCCUUCUGUGAUUUUGCGGAUACAAGCGCCUACUCAUAACUCUGUUGAACUCCCUUACAAACUUCCGGUCAUCCAACGAGAUACAAGUGAUGGGCCUGUGGACACUCAGUCCAAUAUCGAUCACGACAUAGACGUCCCGGACGCAGAUAGCGAACACACAGCGGUUGUGGCGGAGAAUGCGGAUACUGAAGCCACAAGACCUGAAGCAGAAUCAAUCAACGAAUUGGCUAUAGAAGAACCCGCAGAUAAGACUAUUAAGGACGUUACCACUGCCGACCCGGAACCUGGGGAUAGUGUCAUGCAAGACAUUGACAAAGUACCCACCUCUCCUCUAGACGAACCCAAUGUUAAGAUUAACGCGCCUCAGUCACGGAAAAGGUCGUCUACUUCCGCUGCGAACGAAGAACCGACCGACGGCGGAAGGGCAAAAAGCCGACGGAUCAGAGCGCGUGAAUCCAUUGCUGAAGCGCAGGCUCAACAGGAUGAUGUCUUUUACGACCAAACCAAGUAUUUUGAGGACCGGUUGGAGCAAUUCGCCCAUGCCGAUCAAUGGAUGUUUAGUACUACUGGUGCACUUUUGUCAAAGUUAGGCGUGGAAGAAUUUGGCACUAUCGACGAACUGAAGCACAUCAUGGAUAGGGUGGACGGGCAUAUGUCUCCGCGUGAUUUCUCCCAAGAAGGGAAGUUGGAGACCGUGAGUAUGCGGGAUCUACGUGAAGCGAUCGGGACUUGGGCUGGGAUACAGAGUCUAAAGGAUGAUAUCUUUACUUCCCAUGAUGGUCUAUCAGGGUUGAAACAAUCCGGCUUGGAUAUCUUUCUUGAACGUUCUCGCCAGAACCCGCGCACUUCAUAUCAGAGCCAAUGUGAUCCCGAUGACGAAGGUUUAUCGCUUUUCUUGCAAUCUACCAACCUGAGUUAUUUCCAUCCUCAACACGUUGCAUUCAACUGGCUAGAGCAUCAUCUUACGUCGAAAUCCGCUUCUGGUGCGGGCUCCAACUUUCCUCGCUUCCAGCCAAACUCAACUUAUGCUAGCCGGCAUUGGCCUGAUCAGAUGAAGACUUCGGUCAAAAGUUUGAUCAUCGUGAACGAUGAAUUUAUGUAUCGAAAGCUACUUUCUAGCACUUCAUGUUUGGACAUACCAAUCACACCCAAAAGCUCCUUUGAAAACGACAGAACUUCAGUUGCCGAUGGCUUAUCUUUGGCCGAAAUGGCCCAAAGUCUUUACGAACUUCAUUUGGAUAUGUACGCGUCCAUGACCUCCCCGAAUAGUGAAGCUGAUGAGGCCUCCAAGACUCUCCAGCGAGAUCGACUACGGCGCUGGGGAUCGGUUGCACGAAUUUUUAUCAACCAUCAACAGAACGUUGUUGAUAACGGCGAUUUCCAAACUGGCGUGAUCUUGCGCCAUUUAUGGUCUACCAUAUUACAUUUCAAUAUCACAGAUGAUGCGGAGCGUGAAUAUGUAUUAGUGUGCCUUGAGGACCUGAAACGGGUGCUGAAACUUCUUGAUGAGCCCGUUAUUGCCUUAGUCAACAAUCCAACCAUGCCAGAAUUGUCUCUUUCAGCUGUUGAGCAAGAAAUAGCAAGGAUUAGCUCCAUGGACUUUUUUAUGAAGGUCUUCGGCCCCGGGAACGAGGACCCUGUGAGUCUGAUUGAAAGUAUUGAGCCAAUUCUGGACCCAUCGGCAAUCGAGCACCUUCCCCCCGGCCUAGGAGAAAAUGGACUUGCAAAUUCGUCCAAUGUUUCAAGCCAAAUUCAACGGGCUCGGGAUUUAGCAUUUUUUCUGGACCGUGGCGAUGCAACUUUAAAGCUCCUUCUUUGGCGGCGGCUUCAGAAAGCUUAUGAAUCCAUCCAGUAUCCAACAAAAGUUAUAUCAUGCUCGCUCAAGAGUAUAGAAAUCAUCGUCGCGGAGCUGCAAGCUCCUACCUAUCUAGACUUGCCAAGUGAACAGCGACGGGAGACGCUACUAAAAUGGCUAAAUCGUGCCGACUACUUGAUGCUGAACGUGAUAGGGAAAGUUCUGGAUGACCCUAAGAGCUCGUUCGAGUGCAUUGAUAUGAACCACUUACAAUCCUCUAUGUCUGCUAUUGCACAACUUUCGAAGCUACUUCAUUCAUUUGUUCUUUAUGAAGAUUCUGUACGCAUUGGCCAGAUUAAUCCUCCGGAAGUCAGGCCUGCAACGGCAGCAAAAGCGUACGAUCAUUAUAAAGAAAAGGUCCGUUCGAUGGUGGUCAGAGCCUGGACUCUACAAUACGCGCUGAUCAAAGAGGGUAUUGCACAAAAUAAAGAAUUAUUCGAUAUGCCUGCUGAUGACUGCAUCAACUAUUUACGCUCGGUUCACAGCGCCUUUGGAAUUCGAUCAUAUUGCAGAUGUGCAAAUAAAGUUCUCUUAAAGGUGAUGAAACAUGAACUUCUAACCCUUGAGGCAGAAGAUAGCUAUGAGUCGGACAUUGCACAGGUAUUGUUUGAUUACCACGGACUCAAGUUUUCUUCCGAACUUGAUAUCUCUCUCGAACAUGGCUGCCCGGUCGAGAAGUUGGACAGAUCUACGGCUCUAAUGUUAGUAGAUUUUGCUAUGCUACAAGCAAAUCGAAUGAACAUUAAAGAUUUCCUAAAAUCCGACCUGAAAUCCACAAUCGACACCAUACAGACCUCCAUCGGUUGGUCAGGUAGAAUUCACACCACGAUCACGCAAAACAAACGGAUUCUAUCUGCGUUUUUAAAGUCUCCAAUAAAUCCUUCCGCUCUAUACCGAGCAGUUCGAGGAGUUAAUCAAGUGUCGGUGGUGCCUGCUUACACAGAGAGUUGCAGGUUGGCGAAAAGUGGGUGGUAUUUCCUACUUGGCCUUGCAGCAUUCACCAAAUUCAAAACUCAGAAGCGCGUGGGGCCGAUAGCGACGGAUGACCUAGAUCUGGCUGCCACAUUUUUUCGUCGCGAGCUUGAGCAUGGAAUUGAGCGAUGGGAGACUUGGUACCGGCUGGGCCAGGUUUACGAUUCCAAACUCGAAGAAGACAUUACGUGGUCCGCAGAAAAACUCAACCACCAUCGAGCGGAUCUAGCAUCACUAGAAAGGCGAGCCAUACAUUCGUACGCUAUGGCGGUCGCUAUUGCGAUUCGAACGGCGGAUUCUUCACCAGAAACAAGGAAAACCAUUUCCGAUAUGUAUACCCAGUUUGGCUUUCGGAUAUAUGCUUCGUCAAGGGAACCUUUUUCCAUGGGUGCGUUUAGCUUGGACGACUUUACGCGGCAUUUCAGCAGCGGUCAGAGUCGACAGAUGUAUACAGGGCCCCCAUUUAGGGAUAUGAAGCUUUAUGCCGCUUGGCACUUUGCUAGCUACUUGUUUCGAAAAGCCAUGGCUGAUCAGCCAACAAAUUGGGUCAAUCAUUAUAUGUUCAGCAAAUGCCUUUGGAAGAUGUUCACAUCCGAAGACCCGUUGAAGGAGUCUUAUGAACCGGUUCAGGUUGACGACAUCCUAGAUUCCCUUGAUGCCGCUAUUGCAUCUUUGCCUACGAGGAGAGAGAGCAGAUCUGACCCUAUUUUCGAGCCUCAUUUCAAGUUGAUAUCAGUAAUUCAUAAAUUGGUGAUGCGCGGGGACUUGAAGCCAUAUGAUGCAAGUAAAAAGCUCGUUGUGACUCCUUGGGCCAAAAUGCUAUCCCCAGUGAAGGAUUUGGACACAUGGAAGUCAUUCAUAACGACAAUUUUAAAGAACCUCCAAAUAGCUGACAAGUCCAAUUGGCACCAUCGUAUCAUCGCAAGGGCUGUCCAUAUCAUUUAUGAUGACACGAAGGAUGAUCAAGCUGCAGCGCAAGCUAAGCACCAACUUUCUCAGCACGUUUUGACCAAGACAAUGACUCUGCAAAUCUGGAAGCCUGAAAAUGAACGGCCAGGAAGACAUUUUGUUUAUACGUCUCGAUAUCUGUACUUCAUCGUCCGCAUCAUAGACCAGCUGGACGAUCGCACAAGUUUAGAUCUCCUGCUUCGUCGUGUACGGCGAAGGCCCAAUGAUUAUGUAAAUUACACGAAGCUUUGGGAGGACAUAUGUACAACUUAUAUCAAGCUCUUCCGCCGGGUGGGCAAUGUACCUACUAGUCACGAGGAGACGGUAUUCAAACCUUUGGGCCACGAUGAAUUUGUCACGAACGCCGCUCACUUAGAUUCCUGGACCCAGACCGGAAAGGCGGACCCCAAGUUGAUGGAUCUUGUUCGAGAAGCUGUUGAAUUGAAAAAGCUUAAUGGGGGGCUCAUUAAGCCCGGUAUGUUCGAAGAUUUAGUUGGCGAUGUAUACGCUCUAUUAUACGAAAACACAGUGCCUAGAAUACUGGAAGGCAUCGCCACAGAAGAGAAUCGUGAGCGAAUGAAAGUGGACCACCUCCUCUCUGCAGGCGAUGCUGCUGACAGAAGCCGCACUCCGCCGCCUUCGACAUUCGAUAAACAAUCGGAGAAGCCGUCGGAGAAAGGCCCGGGACCAAAACCAAGAGCUAAAGGAGUUACAAGAAGAGAAAUUCAGCGAAAAGCUGACGCGAUUGCUACAAAAUUAGCCGUUUCACGCCUUGCGGCUAAAGCAUCGCGAUUAGCUGAGGAAGAAUUAAGAGCUCCAGCUGAGGACAGUACCACCGAGAAACCUAUCAACGAAGACGAGGAGGAAAUAUCGAAGCCAGUCACUGGAGACCUAUUAGUAUCCGAUGCUCCUAUUGUCCCAAGCAGCGCCGUUCCAAGUAUCCAUGACGGUGGUGAUGAAGAGAGUGAGCUAAGUGAGCUGGACGAGUCAAAGCUUUCUGAACCCACAAAACAAGCAAUACCCACAUUCCCUAGUUUACAUGUUCGACGUCUCGCAUCACCAAAUCCUCUAUCCGAAUUAUCUUCUAAUGUCAGCCACGACGGCAAAGAACCAGAAGGUGUUGAACAUAUGGAACUAGACCCCAGCGCUGGCGGUGGCGGCGAGGGUGACGGUGACGGUGAGGAAGAUGGUGAAGAUGAUGGAGGUGACGGAGAUGGUGAUUCUGACGGUGAUAGCGCUGGAGGCAAUGAUAAUGACGAUGAUGGAGAUUCACCUAACACGAUUUCGCCGCAAGACAACGUAUCCGAGGAGGAAGGGGCAGAUAAGAAAUCGGAACCCGUCGAUGAAAUCCCACAAUCGGAUCGUUCAGACCUUGAAAUGGAAGGCCCUCAAUAG